UUGAUACUUUCAGGCUAUCCGAAUGUGAAGCGCUGUGUGGUGCAGGCGGACGAGCGCUAUGGUGACGAGUACAAAAUCAUCGUUGAGAGCAACGAUUUCCGUAGUGUUCUGGGGCAAACCGGAGUCGACCCAAUCCAUACAAACAUCAACAAUGCGAUAGUGGUGGCUGAGGUACUCGGCAUCGAAGCGGCUCGAACGUGUAUUGUAAACGAAGUUCUCAACACUAUGGAGGCUCAUGGUAUUGGUUUGGAUAGAAGGCAUGUGAUGUUGCUGGCAGAUGUGAUGACUCACCGCGCGCGUGCUCGCCUUGUUCGUUCAAGUCAAGACAUGUGA